AUGGCGUCGAGCAGCACAGCGACACCAGUCCUCCCGGGCACAAAGCACAAGGUCAUCGGACUUGUCUCCGGUGGCAAGGACAGCUGCUUCAACCUCAUGCACACAGUCGCCAACGGUCACGAGAUUGUCGCUCUCGCAACUCUCACACCCCCAGCCAAUAUCGAUGAGCUCGACUCGCACAUGUACCAGUCGGUAGGCACGUCUCUUCCGCCUCUAAUUGCGGACGCCAUGGGUCUCCCCCACUACUCGCACGUCAUCACGGGUGGUGCAGUCGAAAAGGGCGCCGAGUACGGAUCGCGCGAGCGUGGCGGCGACGGCUCGGGCAUGGAAGGUGACGAGACUGAGGAUCUCACUGUUCUCCUCAAGAAGAUCAUGGCACUUCACCCCGAGGCGACUGCCAUCUCGUCCGGCGCCAUCUUGUCCAACUACCAACGCCUGCGCAUUGAGCACGUCUGCCAGAGGCUCGGGCUUACUUCGCUCGCGUACCUUUGGCAGAGCGAACAACUUCCACUUGUCACUCGUAUGGUCAGCAGUGGUUUGAAUGCCAUCCUCGUCAAAGUCGCGGGAGUCGGCCUCGGUGUCAAAUGUGUCGGCAAAUCGCUCGGCCAGCUCCUCCCUCUGCUGACUCGCUUGCAAGCCCAGUAUGGAGCCCACCCUGCUGGCGAAGGUGGAGAGUACGAGACUCUGACCCUCGACUGCCCCCUCUUCUCCAAGCGCAUCAACAUCACCAAGUCAGAAGUUGUUAUCACCGACCCGGAGCCGUACCCUGUCGCCUACCUUCGCAUCGAGGACGCCGAGCUCGAGCCCAAGGACGGUUGGACCAAACCUACCGUUACUGAGCUGCGUGAGCUCUUGGGUCUUGACGAGGAGGAGGGCUUGGAGGGCCUCGAUGAGGUCAGCCGAGAGCUGUACGAGCAGAACGACGACGCAAAGGUUGUUAUCGGUGAAGAGAUUGUCGAGAAGGGCCAGGCCGAAUCAAGCCCGGGUGGAGAGCGCUUUGGGCGCAAUGGACGCUGGUUCACCAUAUCGGCUGAGGGUGAUAGCCGUAACGGCCAAUCGGUUGGCGAGGAACUCUCAGCGUGCUUCGACGCUAUUAAAGAGCGCUUAAACACCGAGGGCCUGUCUCUCCCACUCCACGCCACCCAUAUCACCCUCCUCCUCUCCCAAAUGGCGCUCUUCCCCGCGGCCAACGCAGCCUAUGUCAAGUACUUUGGCACGUCCCCUCCUUCUCGCGCCUGUGUCGGAGUCCCUCUCCCAGCAGGGCAAAACAUCCGAAUCGAAGUAGUCGGCUUUGAUGAUGCCGCGGACGAUGGAACCUCACUCGUUGGUGGCCGCUCCGCUCUCCAUGUCCAGGGAAUGAGCUACUGGGCACCGGCAAACAUUGGCCCAUACUCCCAGGCCGUGAUGGUCAAUAGCCGCCUGCACAUUGCGGGCCAGAUCCCCCUCCAGCCCGCAUCGCUCACAUUUGCUCCAUACCCUCCGCCUCCCGCGAGUCCCUACCCCCACCAGGCGGCCCUCGCUCUCCAACACGUUCGCAAGAUUGUCGAGGUGUUGCGUAACCCCAACUCAACCGGUGGCGGAUGGAACGGCUGGGCCGAGAGCUGCGUGGCAUGGUGGGCACGGAACGAGGGGUGUGGCAGGGAGGGACCAGCAGUCUCUCAGCGAGCUUGGGCGGCGUGGUCUUCCGAGAACGGAUGGGCAGGUACCCCAGUCAUCUUUGCGCGUUCCACCGAGCUCCCACGCGGAGCGCUGGUCGAGUACCAGGUCAACGUCCACUCUGGACGACAGGGAUACGAAGGCGCCGCACAGCCCGUUGACGGUGACGACGAUGACGACGAGGAAGACGAGAACGAGCUCACGGGCGUCUAUGCCAAGGGCGACGUGCGAGGAGCGUACUGGGAGACCUGCCAGGCUCCUAGGAAGCGCCAGGGUGCCCGCGCAGCCAUCUUUCUCCCGGACACGGCCGGUCUGCCCGAGCUCACCGCCGUCCCUCAGGUCGCCGCCGUCCUGUCGCGCGCAACGACCAUCCGCGCAUACCACCUCGCCAGCGUGCAACCUUCUCUUGAACCGAUUAUCAAGCAGGCCGAGGCCCGUGGGGUGUGCUGGACCGGUGUACCCGUCCUUGAGCUGCAGGAUGUCCAGGGCAGGUCCUACCCGCUGGCUCUGGAGGUGUUUUCGGCUUGA